CAGGCGAGGCAGGCGCCGCGGUUUCAAGGGAUUGCAGCGGCUCGAAGCGGCUCGGAGCCACCGCGGCCCUGCUUCCGCUGUCCGCGAGCUGAGCACCGUCCGCUCCCUCGCGCUGCCGGAGCCGGCUCCGAGGACUGACCGGGGCGGGGGCCAGCGGCCCCUCCCCUCCCCUCCGGCGACCGAAGAUGAGCUUCCUCUUCAGCAGCCGUUCUUCGAAGACAUUCAAACCAAAGAAGAAUAUCCCAGAAGGGUCUCAUCAGUAUGAACUCUUGAAACACGCAGAAGCAACUCUAGGAAGUGGGAAUCUGAGACAAGCUGUUAUGUUGCCAGAGGGAGAGGACCUCAAUGAAUGGAUUGCUGUUAACACUGUGGAUUUUUUCAACCAGAUCAACAUGUUAUAUGGAACUAUUACAGAAUUCUGCACUGAAGCAAGCUGUCCAGUCAUGUCUGCUGGGCCAAGAUAUGAAUAUCACUGGGCAGAUGGUACUAAUAUUAAAAAGCCAAUCAAAUGUUCUGCACCAAAGUACAUUGACUAUUUGAUGACUUGGGUUCAGGAUCAGCUUGAUGAUGAAACUCUCUUUCCUUCUAAGAUUGGUGUCCCGUUUCCCAAAAACUUCAUGUCUGUGGCAAAGACCAUUCUAAAGCGCCUGUUCAGGGUCUACGCCCAUAUUUACCACCAGCACUUUGAUUCUGUAAUGCAGCUGCAAGAGGAGGCCCACCUCAACACCUCCUUUAAGCACUUUAUUUUCUUUGUUCAGGAGUUUAACCUGAUUGAUAGACGUGAGUUGGCACCUCUUCAGGAAUUAAUUGAGAAGCUUGGAUCAAAAGACAGAUAAAUGGUUCUUUUAGACCACAUUUACCUUCCUGCUUCCUCUACUGCUAGAGCUGUCUGAGUGCUAUCUGUUAUAGACUAGUGAUACAAACUUUAAGAGAACAGAAUAAAAAGACACCCAUUGUCUGUGUGUCUACAGAUAAAAUUGUCCCAAAGGUAGGUUUGCCUGAUAGCUUCAAAGUGAUACCCACAGGACACAGCCAAACCUGAGUUACUGUGUGAUGACCAUUCCUGUUACUGUCAGAGACAUACAUGUGACUAAUCUGUAGCGCAUUUAGUUUACUUAUUAUUUUAUUCAGGAAAAUGAUUGAGUCUAUUUCAGGUGGUAGCAUAGUGUAUUCCACAGUAAUUUAUUAGUAAGUUUCCAGAACAAAUUUCCAAAUAGCACAAUCAGAUUGAUUUUAUUCUGCUUUUAGUUUUUGAAUAGAAAAGAUAUUUUUAAGUUUUUUUUAAGAUAUAGAACAUUUGCAUCACUUUCAAUAAUCCUUUAGUUUCAAUCUGUAUGCUAGUGUUUUUAUAGAUAAGAAUAUAUGUAUUUUUUCAAAAUCUGUGAUUGCAGUUUAAAUCACAUGGCAAAUAUGGAAUGGGAUUAACCAAAUUAUUUUAAAGUGACUAUUUUUUAAUCUUUAUUUGGAAUUUUAUUCAUAUCUAUCUAAAUUAUUAGGAGUGUGUUUAUUAAAUAAUUUUUUUACAACUUCUAAGGAUAGUCUUGAGGUUUUAUUUUGAAAUGCUUCACUAAAGUUAGUUUAAUAUGUAGCUUUUGGCUGAGAAAAAGAGAACUUCCAAGAAAUUAUGGCAGACUUAGGUCUCAAAGCCAUUAUUUUCAUUCACAUUAUUUUUCAGAGGCCAUGUAAUUCUGGAUAAGAGAGUGGAAGAAGUACUCAGUGCUUAAUUAUUUUUUUUUCUUUAAUUCUAUGUUUUUAUUGUGACUUGAGACUUAGUUUAGAAUAGUACAGAAGUACACAAAGUUUAUCCUGAUAAGGAUAAGACUUAAGCAAAACCACAGUAAAAAACUUUGAAGGUGUACACAUUUUAUAAUAGCUAGUUUGGUGUACUACUUGUUUGUGUUCAAGGGUGUGUGUGUGUGUGUGUAUCUAAAGGAAACAAAAUGGGAGAAAUAAUUUUUUAAAAAAAUUUACUUUGUCCUAUUGUUAUUCAAAGGUUGAAUUGAGCCCACCACAGGGGUUUUAUCUAGUUUGAAUUGUGUCUGUCUCAAAACUCGAAAUUCUGUUUCUAUUAGGGUAAAAGAAUCUUCCCCUUGAGUGAAGAAAACAUCUAUUUUUCAGUUGGUCCCUAGGAUUUAGUCAACUCCAGCUGACUAUUUAAAAUGUACUGAGGAGUAGCAAGAGUGCUGGAAGCUGCCAGACCGGCAGAGCUUUCAGUGGUCACAUGCUGUGUCUCAGAGCUGUAAUUCUUACCAAAAUAGCACCUCUUUUAUGUGUUGAUAAGGGGUAGGUUUGAUUGUUUAUUUUUACAGUCUCUCGAGAGCAUAAAGAAUUACUUAGAAACAUCCCUUUUAAUAAUUCAAUUUCAAUAAAUUCUUAAAUAUAUACAGAAUUUUUCAUUUGCUCUAAUUAUGCUGAAACCAUACAAUGUUUGAGGAACUGAAGAAUGGGAUGGUCACUUAGGAUAAAAAGAGAAAACCCUGCCUGAGGCACUCGGGCUUGCUGGAAGGUGCAGAGGUCGGCCACACUGCAUGCUCCUUUGACCGCUGGCAGAUGGAAGCAGGCAUCUGGUCUGGGGAUGCCGCCUCGAUGCAACUGCCCUUGACUGUAAACCUGUGACUGCAGCUGUUUGUGUCGCAAGGACUGUGUUAAGCGGUGUCUCUCAACCAGAGUUGUGCUUUCAUUUUCACAUCCUCAAACAACAGCAGCCUCACUUUUCUCCAUUCGUUUCCAGUGGUAGGUAUCCUCCCUUUCUUCAUGACUAAAGCCCCAAACAAACCAAAGUCGGUCAGGCAUGUUCUAGGGCAGUAAUAAAGGCAGCUUAUUAAUGAGACAUAAAUCAAAACUUUUUGGUAAUUUGAGACUCAGAAUGUCCUUUUUCCCUCUUAAUAAAGACGUUCUCAAGUUCCCAAGCCACUGGCAUAACCAGCAGGGCACCUGACUGUGGCUGUUUACAUUAUUUGUUUACUUCCAAGGCCAGGGAGUCCAGGGCAAGAGGAGGACUGGAGGCAGGGAAGUGGGUGGGACCUUCCGGACCUGGCCACAGGGUCAAGGUUUGAUAGGAGUCUAAAGAAAUCAGUCUGUCUUGGACUCCUCUCAUUUGUGAUGUUCAUCCCCGUGCCCUCAAUCUGCCUGUGCCACACGCACUCCCUUACCCCACUCCUGUCAGAAGUCAGCUGUUGGUAUAUGAACUCUGCUUCUCGGAGGUGAUUACUACAGUCAUGGGGUGGAGAGGACUAGCUACAUUAUGUGGCUAAUCUUCUGGUGCUGUAGUCUUCGGGCCUCUUAAACAACUCGGGCAAUAAUUUUUGUUUAUUCAAACUUUCUUGUACUCCAGUUUUCAUAGUGAUGGGCAUAUGCAUCCUUUCUUCAGAUUGUGAAUAAAGUGAUUUAUAGGGCUGCCAACUAACAAAAGUAUUUUCUUUGUAGCUGCAUACUUGAGAAAUACAAAUCGGUGUUCGCUAUGACUUUGUUAGCAAAGGUGGUUCUUUUACUAGUGUGGAAGCCAGAGGAACAAUCCUGGUGGUGAUAGUAACUUUUGCAAACAUUGUUGAGGUUUCCAUUAUACUGUUGGCUUCUCUCCGAGCAGUGAAGUUAGGCCAGAAGUAGAGCCUCUCAGGAGCAUCAUCAUCACCUCGUAAAUGUAAACAAGCCAGGCCUAGACACUGUUCCUCAGCAGCCUCAGUCUUGGUGCCAGGGCUGCCAUGCCUUGCUGUGGGGCGCGGCCACCUGUCAGCGAGAAGUGCUGGCCCAGACCGCAAACACUGAGCACUGCCAGCAGGCCUGUUACUUCUCCUGAUACCAUUGCAGGAAGUGCGUUUGGUUUCUGUCCUAGAAUUCUGGCAAAGCAGAAGAGUAAUCCUCUCAUCUUCAUGUUUUUGCAUUUGAGUUUGAUAUAUUGCUGUAAAAGACUUUGGGGGGGUGAUAUUAGAUGUGGUAACUGUAAUUUUAUUGAAGCAACUGCAUUGAAAUUCAUUUGGACAUUCUCUCCAUUAUCAGAUUCUAUUCCAAACAAGUGUUCUGUAAAUCCAAAUGGAUUACCAGUGUGCUAUAGACUUAUGGAACAGCAUUCUGUAUUUGGUGUGCAUUGAAAAUAGUUUGCAUAAGUUAGUCUUGGUUACCAUUUAAAAUAUUUUUAAAUGUUCCUUACAUAAAAAGUUAUGUUGUAUUUUUAAACUUUUAGGGGGCUUUAUCUAUUUUUCUAAGUCAGUUAACUGUACUUUUUGAAAAAGUAUUUUGUAUCUACUUUUGUAACUUCAUCAAAAUAAAAUAUAU